GUUAUGUUACCAGGAGCCAGGAUCAGGCUGUUAAAGGAGGAGGAGGAGGAAGGUCUGGACGAUUCUCUGAGUGACUGUUUGAGCUCACUUUCUAUGGGAGACUGGGAUGAUGAUAUCCUCUCAGAUUUAUGACAUUUUUAAAAUUGACAGUCAUCACAGUAACAUUUUUAGGGUGUCUGCAGGUCUUUAAGUCAUAAAGAACUUUCAUUUAGGUUUCCUUAAAUAAAUGAAAUCAUUUUGCUCACAAGUACAGUAUCUCCUCAUAUCCCUUUAUUUAGGAAAAAUGCAUGAAUACAAAAUAUGAUAUAUUUUCAUUGCUCCCCUUAAGUUCCUAAAAUUUUCAGCUUAGGAGCACAGGGAGAAAAGUAGAUAUCAAGCCUGAGAAUAUCAAGUGAUUUCUAAUUUAACACAAAGCUCACAAGUUUGAAGUGUAUUAGGUGAUUUCAUGCUUUUUAAUACAGAGUUUCAUAAUGAUUUCAACCCACAAAAUUAGCAUUUUGUGAUUCCUGAUCAUUAAACAGUGCCGCUGUGUGAAAUUGUUGUGUUCCACCUGUGAUCAGUUUGGAUUAGUAUCAGGUUUUAAACCUGUUUUGAACGUUGAUAGCAGACUGAUUUUGUUUACAUUUGAAUCACAGAAUUUUGACUGUAAAGGAAUGGAAUGUUCAAAAUCACAGGCAGCAAUGUAUCAUUCAUUGGUGAUGUAAUAAACAUAUGAACGGAAUUCGAUGAUGUCAUCAAACUUCUUUAACUAGGCACUCCGGUCAGAAGAGUGAAUCAGAAUUCAAAUCUUACAGAAUCUUACAGAACUACAGUGAGGAAAAGAACAACCGACACACGCAGACGACCACUGAUUUCAGAGGAACUUUCAGAGAACCUGUAUUUUUCGGAACAACUUAAAUCCUGAUUCUUCUUCUAAGAAUGGCGAGCACUACUUCUCAAAACAGGAUGGUGCCUAGACCGCCGACAUGCUUUGAAUACUGGACAAUGCACAACUCGCUCCAAGGACACAUUUGUCAUCUUCAAAAACAGUUGAGCAUGGAAUACAACUGGAGAGUACAGGUUAGCCAAGAGUUGGAGGACACCAAACAACAACUGUCCAACCAAAAACAUCUGAAGGAAGUAUUCAUUAAUAAAGAGAAGGAAGCCAAAAAAGAGCUUGAGAGACUGCGGAACUAUAGUGACGCAGAAACUCUCAAUGCCUCAAAUAUUGCUUCACAGGUCAGGAGUAACAUUAAGAGGAGGAAAAAGAGAGACCUCCAACAGGAUUAUGAAGAGCUCAAGGUAGCGCACAUAAUCAAUGAGGAAAAGUUCAAUACUGAGCUGCAGGCUCACAAAGAUAAGAUCAAGACUCUCGAGGAUGAGCUAAAGCUCUACCAAGAGAAGUGUAACACCAGCCUGCAAACAGAGGAGAACAACAAGGUUCAGGAUGAACCAAAUCUCAGCCAGGAAAAGCUCACUGCUGAGCUCAACACAGAGAAAGAGAACAACGAAGUUGACCAGAACCAAGUUAAGCUCAGCCUGGAAAAGCUCACCGCUGAGCUCAAAACAGAGAAAGAGAACAAUGAAGUUCUUCAGAACCAACUUAAGCUCAGCCAGGAAAAGCUCGCCGCUGAGCUCAAAACAGAAAAAGAGAACAACGAAGUUCUUCAGAACCAACUUAAGCUCAGCCAGGAAAAGCUCGCCGCUGAGCUCAAAACAGAAAAAGAGAACAACGAAGUUCUUCAGAACCAACUUAAGCUCAGCCUGGAAAAGCUCGCCGCUGAGCUCAAAACAGAGAAGGAGAACAACGAAGUUCUUCAGAACCAACUUAAGCUCAGCCAGGAAAAGCUCGCCGCUGAGCUCAAAACAGAGAAGGAGAACAACGAAGUUCUUCAGAACCAACUUAAGCUCAGUGAGGAAAAGCUCGCCGCUGAGCUCAAAACAGAGAAAGACAAACUCAAGAACAUCCAGGCGUUCACAGCUGAGCUUCAGCAAGAGCAACGGACAGUAAUGGGUCUUAAAGAGGAACUGGAGACCCUGGUCCAAAAGAUGAAGGAUGAGCAGGACGCUCUCUGCACAGAGAUUGAGAACCUGAGAGCUCAGCUGACUCUUCAGCUCUCCACAGAGCUCCAGGUGGAGGAAGAGCAGGAGCAGCCUGAGGAACACGAGAAUGACCUACCCCAAGCAGAAGAGAUGGAAACAACAACAGCCCCCAGGAAAUCAACCUUUAAGAGAUUCCGCCACUUCCUGGGCUUGCGGAAACCACAAAGGUGGAAGAGGCCAGCGGUGCCUGCAUCCACCAGCAACGAAUAAGCUGCCUCCCCCUCCAUCACCCCCUGUAAGGAAAUUGAUCUUAUUCGUGGCAGACGUGAGGCCCGGCCAAGGCAGAUGGCCCCACCAUGAGCCCGGUUCUGCUCAAGGAAUUUUUCCUUGCCGCCGACGCCAAGUUGCAUGCUCGUGGUGGACUCUUGGGUCUAAUUUGACAUUUCAGGAAAUGCGCAGGUGUUCACCCGCGGUUCACCUGUUAUUUUCCAGCCAAAAAGUCUGCUACGAAACAGUCAAUUCAAUAACAUCUCCUUCAGGGGUGAACAGAGGCAUUGCAAAAACAACAAAACAAAGCAAAACAAAAAAAUCCCCCCCCAAAAAACACAAACAAAAAAAAACAAAAAAUAAAAAACAAAAAAUAA